GGCAGUGCAAGCGGUACUUUGAGCGGUAUCGAUACAAGCCAUUCAUGGCCGCCUGGUGUAACAGUAGCGUGACAGCGUGACAGUUACCUAGAAAUAAGGAUAGUAGCGUGUUUGUAAUAGAACCGCAAACAGUACCCUGAUAAUGCCAGUGGCAGAAGAAGUUAAUUUUGCCUAUCACCUGGCUUCUAAUGAGCCAAAUGUGCGUCGUAGAGCAGUAUCCAAGCUGAUGAAAUGGAUCUCCACAAAGUCUGUGCACGUGAAGACGGGAUUUACAGAAGAGCCUAUGAUGAAGCUAUGGAAGGGUCUUUUCUACUGCAUGUGGAUGACAGACAAGCCUCUCGUUCAACAAGAAAUGGCAGGUAGCAUAUCAGCCCUGAUCCACAGCUUCAGAUGUCAAGAACAGACACUCAUGUUCAUUGAUGCUUUCUACAAGACAAUGGCCCACGAAUGGUUCGCUAUUGACCGAUAUAGGCUUGACAAAUUCAUGAUGCUGGUGCGUCGAUUCUUCCGCCAGAGCCUGGUGUUCACUUGCAGGGAUGGAUGGACAGACGAAGGUAUCCAGAGCCUCAAUGCUUGCCUCAGCAAGACUGUGUUGCAUCCAAGCAGUGAGGAUACUCCUGUAGGGUUGAAGACACACAUUGCCGAUAUUUUUCUCCAAGAAUUGGCUAGAGUGCAUGGACAUGAGCUGACAGCAGAGCAAGCGAUGCUGUUCCUAGAGCCUUUUUUCAAGAUCCUAGUUAAAACACCAAGCGUAGUCCUGAGGAGAUCGGUGCGGGAUAGCAUCUUCCACUUGAUAAUUGACCUGGAUCCAGGUACUUCAGGACAAGCAGCAGAUGGGGCAUCUGACGAGGAUGAGGAGGAACUGGAAGAGGAUACAAUGCAGGGAAUGAACAGUGACAGCGAAGAAGAACAUUACGAGGAUGGCAAACUUAUGGGGAAUGAUGAGACAAGCAUGGACCUUCCUGCAGUUCCUUUUGACUACGAGAUGAUUGCAAGUCGUUUCGUUGAAUGCAGCAAGAUAAAGAAGAUGAAGGCUCCUAACCGUAGCAUAAUUGCAAAUCUUGUGAAGAAAUUUUGGGAGCUCUCGCAAGGUGUUAAUCCACUACACAACAUCGACGAAGACAGUGGUAGCGAAUUGGAAAUUACGGACAGUGACAUUACAGAAGCUGCACAGAGGUUGAAGGACGAAGAAGAGAAGGAGCUGAUGAUGGAGAGAGAAGAGGUCACGAAACUAGCCCAUGCUUCGGCAACUGCGGCAUCCUGGCUGGGUGACUGUACCUGUCGAGGCUUGAGUAGAGUUGGCUGGCAAAGCUGACUGGUAUGUUCACAUAUUCACGAUAGUAAAAUCACAGCAUUUGAUUCUCGUGGCACUUUCA